GCAUGGCCUGCUUGUUGGCGACUUGCGUCAGUUGCCACAGCCACGGCACGUGCCGCUAUAUAGCGGUGCUGCGGAAGAGAGCUUGCGGCAGCUGCUGGCGCCGGGCGCGGGGGACGGCGGGGCCAUGGAGCGCCAGAUCCGGCAGCUGGAGCAUCCGGAGGGCAGCAUGAACCUCAUGGGGCGGGAGCUGUGGAAUAUGGUGCCGUUCGCGUUCGUUCUCACUCACCAGCAUCGGCAGCAAGCAGGCGUAGGUGACAACAACGAACCUCUCUUCAUGCUAGCGGAGAAGUUUGGUGGCGUGCAGGAAAUCUCUCAGGCAGAUCUGGAUACAGCGUGCCAGCAGCUCAACGCGCCUCGUGCAGCUGCAUGCGCUCGCGCAGCGUCAGCAGCUGCUGCUAUGGCGUAGCGCGGACUUGUCGCCGGACGGGAGCAGCUUACCUAUUUCGCAUGUGCAUCAAUUAGAGGCGCUUGGCGGGGCCGAGGAUGAUAGCGGUGUGCCCGCUGUGUGCGCAUUCUUUGCUGGCAUUCGUUACGUGUUUACAUCAAAUGAGCAUGUGCGUCUGUAUCACAUCAACAACAACAGUGCCACAGGCACCGGCAUUGUUCUGCAUCCCAACGAGUCACCAUUGCCAGAUGCAAGCAUUGCCCCCGUGCAUGUCCUCAAGUUCGUGCCCUCGGCUGUAAUGGUGCGCCCCGACGGGCCUGAUGCGGGUCGGGUGUCUGUCGAUCAGGCCCUGGAUGUCGGGGAGAUUCCUGUUUUACCGUGCAGUGCUAUGUUCACAUCGCAGCAUGCAACCCUGCGGUUGCCUGUGAUGCGCUGGGGCUUUCGUGUGGAGCUUGCGUAUGCAGUCACCGAUUACUUUGCGCAGGGGCAAACUCUGCCAGCGCACGAACUGUGGCUGGUGGAUAUGUGCAAACCGCAGCACGGCAGUUGGCGGCGGGCUUCAAUUUACGUAAUGCUCACCAGGUUUCGUGGGUUGCAUGCCUUACAUUUAGUGCGUCCGCUGUGGGCCUCGCGGGCCGAAGAGCGCCGGCUUAAAAAGGCGCUGCGUACCAUGCUAACGCCCGAGGCAGAUCUAGCCGCGGAAUGGCAGCGGCUAUUGAGGCUCUCGCAGAGCACAGCAGUAGCAGUGCCAGGUAUGAUUGUGCGCAUUCAGGCCAGCAUGGCUGCCUCAUAACCAAGGCUUUCAAUGCAUGCAGUAGUGUUUUUAACAUGCGCGAGGUGUACUGACAGAUGACCUGGAAGCGUGGAGUACCUUGUGGGUGGUGAGUGCUGACUGCAAUUUACAGCAGUGACUUUCUUGUUGGUGUUUGGUGUGGUGACCAUCAUGCUUGGCUUCGCUGGCUGGACGUAUGUCACUGAGCUACGUUCGGGUUUAGUUUCUACCUGUCCUGUCUCUGCGUGAAGCCGGGGUAUUGUUUAUCUGCUUGCUUGUCGUGCGUUGGAUUGUUGUGUGUUUACAACAGGUUGAUGUGUGGCGUGGUUAAUCCCUUGCACUUUGAGGAGGUUAUUGUUAGCCAGCUGGUGUUCGCACAGGAGGUUGGUGGUCGAUGAACAGUCGACCGACAGAUGGAUCGCGGGAUUUGUUUUUGGCAUUUACCGCUUGGAUUCUAUUCGCAACGUAGCUCGGAAUACACGCUUAAUAUGCAUAGUUAGAAGACUUCGGGGACGCAAAUCGCUCGGAAAUGGAGGAGGGUCUCAAUAUGCUCGGCUCGCGAUGUCGCGCUCUUGAGCUUGUAUUAUGCACUGUGCGCAAUGCGCGUUCAGCAUGCAUAUUCUUACGAACAACUAGGGACUUGAGUGACGCGGUGUGAAAAUCAGUCGGGGUCUCGACAUGCUUGGCUCGCCAUUUCGCGCUCCCGAGCUCGUUGUGUGUGUUCCGAACAAUGCACGCUCAGAAUUACAUGUUCAAUAUGUCCGUCGCGAUGUUCGAGCUUGAAAACCGACAAGCAUGGUGUAUAGAUACACCUGGUAGCCUGAAUUCCUGUGUUUUUGGUGUAUUUUGUUGAUGUUGCAUCACGCCGUGCCUUGUCACAUUCAUGUUUUUUGUACCGGCGUGGCCUUGUUUGUAAAUUUCGCGGCGC